AUGAAGAACGCCGAGAUCGUCAAGCAAAAGAAGGAGGCCGGCUACAAGAACCUGAUCACGCACCUGAGAAGUCAUCACGAUGGGUUUGAAUUCGACGCUGAGGAAUGCAUGAAAAAGAACUGCCAGCCAAUUAGCACGAUGCUUGUCCACAAGGACGCUGCCGACACGUACGGAUGGGUAAAGCUGAUUGCUUUGAAGAAUUUUCCCUUUUCACACGUGGAGGACCCCAUCAUUCGCUCAUCUGUUCGCUACAAGUCGAUGGCACGGAUGACUGUGUUGAAGAAAAUGACGGCACUAGUAGAGGUCUUAUACCUCAAAAUUGCCAGCGAGCUUUAUAGGGAAAAAAUUGCUCUGGUUUUUGAUGGAUUCACGGAUUCUGUAGAACAUGCCAUUGCAAUUUUUUUCCGCCACAAGAAAGGGCCUUCGAUUUCUGGCAUUUUCGCCUUUUCAAGACGAAAGUUCAAUGACUGCCGCUGA